AUGAGAGAUGUGAAGACUGUGGGCAACAAGUUCUACCAUGUCCUCGUGCCCAGGAACGAUAAGACACUUCUGCGCGAUUGGGAUCUUUGGGGACCACUACUGCUGUGCGUCAGUUUAGCUCUGAUUCUGCGAGAAACUGCGGCAGACGACCAAAAGACUCUGGUGUUCACAUCGGUGUUUGUUAUUGUUUGGGUGGGUUCCGCUGUGGUGACCAUCAAUUCUCAGCUCUUGGGCGGAUCAUUCUUCCAUGGGAUUUCUGGCAGACAGUCAGCCACCGCAUAG